CAGAGUGCAAUAGUUUGCGGAAGUUUCCCCCUGACCGUGUCGUCUUUUAACGCGGUGACGAAAACUAUUUUGUUUUAAAUGAUAGUAGGAACGGGAGGCCAAUGUUAUAGUUGAAUUAUUUAUUGUCAAGUCUAUAUUCCACGGUCACACCGACCGUAACAGUAAUGUCCAAAUCGAAAUCAUCGCGGCAUCUAAAAGAAAAUGAUUGCAAACAGUUGCCGAUCUACCAGCACAAAGCCAAACUGAUCCAGGUGGUGAAAGAAAGCACUUUUUUGGUGGUCACAGGUGAGACAGGCAGUGGGAAAACGACACAGCUUCCACAGUACUUACACGGAGCAGGUUUUUGUAAAAAUGGCAAAAUAUGCGUUACCCAGCCCCGCCGGGUGGCUGCCAUUACGGUGGCUCAGAGGGUAGCCCAGGAGAUGCAGUGCACUCUGGGUAAAAAGGUGGGCUACCAGGUGCGCUUCGACGACUGCACGUCACAGGACACGGAGGUGAAAUACAUGACGGAUGGCUGUUUGCUCAGAGAGGUUCUGGCAGACCCGGGACUGGCUCAGUAUGGUGUGGUGGUCCUGGAUGAGGUCCAUGAGCGAAGCCUCAACACAGAUAUCCUCCUGGGCUUACUGAAGAAGGUCUUCUCUGAUCCCGCUGAGGCAAUGAGGGGACGCUCUUUCCCACUGAAGGUGGUGGUGAUGUCGGCCACCUUGGAAACGGAGAAGCUUUCUGCCUUUCUCGGGGGAUGUCCUGUAUUCACUAUACCUGGGAGGACUUUUCCUGUCACGUGCACAUUUGGCAACGCUGUAGGACCAAAGAACUUGGACAGCAUGGGUUAUGUGAAAGAGGUUGUGUCUUUGGCGCUGGAUGUCCACACUAGUGAGAUGGCAGGAGACAUUCUGGUGUUUUUAACCGGUCAGUUAGAAAUCGAACGCGCCUGUGAUUUGCUGUUUGAGAAAGCAGAAUCUAUUGACUACCGCUACGACGUGAAGGACAAAACAAUGGAGGGGCUUCUUAUUUUACCUCUCUACGGAUCCAUGCCUACUGAUCAACAGCGGCAGAUUUUUCAGCCUCCUCCUCCCGGAAUAAGGAAGUGCGUUGUGGCCACAAACAUCGCCGCUACAUCUCUCACCAUCGACGGCAUCAAGUACAUCAUCGACAGCGGCUUUGUCAAACAACUCAACCACAACUCCAGGGUAGGAAUGGACAUUUUGGAAGUGGUGCCCAUUUCUCAGAGUGAGGCUCAGCAGAGAGCGGGCCGAGCUGGAAGAACCUCAGCAGGGAGGUGUUUUCGCAUCUACACAAAGGAAUUCUGGGAAGAGUGCAUGCCUGAAUAUACGAUUCCAGAGAUCCAGAGGACAAGUCUGACUGCAGUGAUCCUCACGCUCAAGUGCCUGGGUGUCCAUGAUGUCAUCAGGUUCCCCUAUCUGGACCCCCCAGAGGAGAGGUUCAUCCUAGAGGCGUUGAAACAGCUCUACCAGUUUGACGCUAUUGACAGGAGGGGUCGGGUAACUCGCCUGGGCCAGCUGAUGGUGGAGUUCCCUCUGCACCCGGGCCUCACCAGGGCUUUGCUCAAAGCCGCCUCACUCGGCUGCCAGGACCUGUUGCUUCCAGUGGCCGCUAUGCUGUCUGUGGAGAAUAUCUUCAUACGACCAGGUCACCCUGAGAAGCAGAAAGAGACCGAUCAGUGUCACAGAGCGCUGGCGGCCGAGAGCGGCGGCAUGAACGACUUUGCCACGCUUCUCUGCGUUUUCCAGCGGUGUCAAUCCAGUGAAAGGCCUUCUGUUUGGUGCAAGGACAAUUGGAUCCACUGGAGGGCGCUCAAAUCGGCAUUCAGCGUGGAGACGCAGCUGCGUGACAUCCUCCUGCGCCUGCAAAAAAGGAGAGAUUUCCCGGUGGAGAAGUUUGACGGCAAUAAAAAUGAACUCUUCCGACGAUGCCUGUGCACAGGAUACUUCACCAAUGUUGCCAGAAGAUCAGUUGGGAAGGUGUUCUGCACAAUGGAUGGCCACGGAUCCAUGGUUCACAUCCAUCCGUCGUCAUCGCUGUUUGAGCAGGAGAUGGAGCUGGACUGGAUUCUCUUCCACGAUGUGCUGGUGACAUCGCGGGUCUACGUCAGGACCGUGUGUCCCAUCAGAUACGAGUGGGUGAAGGAGCUGCUGCCUAAACUGCACGAGGUGGACGUCUACGAGCUCAGCAGCGUGGCGAGACAGGAAGUGACCGAUGAGGAGAUGAUCAAGUGGGAGAGCAGGGAAGCGGCUAAAAGGCAACCAGAAGUUUCUACUCAGGAUCUCUUGAAGAAACUGGAGAAGCGAAAUAACGAAAGUACCGUCAGUGACGCUCGCGCUCGCUACCUGCAGCGCAAGAAACAAAGACAACAGAACAGUAAAGCUCCCUGAUGUUGGAACACCAGCGCCAUGAUGGACAUGAUGGACAAUACCAUAUUUUUAAGCAGUAUAUCCUGACAAUAAACAUUUUGAUACAUUUUUUUUAAAAUGUAUUUUUGUCUUGAUGUUCAGCAGUGAAGCAGCCCAUUGCGACCCGACCUCGGAUAAGCGGAAGAAGAUGGAUGGUAUUUGUAACAGGCGACACCAUAAAUGCUCCAAUUACCGGUAACACAAUUUGAGUUAAGUGCCAGGUCUCAUAUGGAUUUCUAAUUAGUGGCUGUGUUCUGUUGAAAUGAGUUACGUCGAAAAAAAAACUAGCAGUUGCAAUAUUCAAAAGCGGUGUAUAUCAAUUUCCUCAACUGCAUCAAAAAAAUGCUAUUUUAAGUUUCGAUUUAGAUAUCAAAAAAACUUUUAAACUUUCGUCAUGCUCUCCUGUUUGACAACAAUAAAGUGUUAUAUUCUGUGUGUUAUAUUUAGUGUCAGGCAUAUUUAGCCAUCAAGUAAUGCUCACAUAUCGCUUGGUAGUCGGGCAUGACUCUUGUCAUAGUUACGGGGUGUCCAGACCUUUUCCAACAAGGGCCGCAGACUGAAAAGUCAAAGUAUGCAGAGGCCAUUUUUAUAUUUUGUAAAGAAAGAGACAGACACAUUUAAAGUCAAAACCUUGUGUUUGUUUGUUAUAAGUGACAACAUUUAUUAUUAGUCCCAAAAUGUCAUAUUUUUCUCAUUACAUUACGUCUUUCUGCUCUUUUGUUACAUUUUUACUGUUUUUAUUAUUUUCCUAUGUAAAAACAAACUAUGGAAAUUUUUACA